AUGUCAGUAACCUUGGAAGCCUCUUACAUGGUGAAGCCUAUGGAGCCAACACAAAGUGGACGUGUACCCUUAUCUGAAUGGGAUCAAACAGGAACCAUAAAUCACAGCUUGAUUGCAAUGCCAGGUGCUCAGUUCGUUGAAGCUCAGUCCUCGUUAAGAUUGGAAGAUCUCGGUGACUUUUCAUCUUCUUCAGGGUACCACUCCCUUGUUCCAAGUCUAGACUACACUCUCCCAUUUCACGAGUUGCCCUUGCUUCUGGUUCAGUUAACCAAGUUCAAGUGUGGUGGCAUUAGCAUUUGCAUAGCAAUUUCUCAUGUAGUUGUUGAUGGACAAAGUGCGUUCCUCUUCACUUCUGAGUGGGCGAGGCUUGCACGCGGCGAGCCUCUGCAAACAGUGCCGUUUCUUGACAAGAAAGUGUUGCGUGCUGGGGAGCUUCCUUUGGUACCGUUAACAAAGUGUCGGCUUCACGCGGAGUUCGAUGACCUUCCGUCAUUGCUGGACAAAACGAAGAUCACAGAGGAAAGGAAGAAGAAAACCAAAGUGGCUAUUCUCAAACUAAGCAAAGUCCAAGUUGAGACGCUGAGAAAGACAGCAAAUGAGAGUCAUAGACCUAGGAACGGUCGUGGUUACACUCGUUACGAGAGUGUAACUGGCCACGUGUGGAGAAGUGCAUGCAAGGCAAGAGGGAAUAAAGAGGACCAACCAUCCGCGCUUUGUGUUUGUGUUGACUCGAGGGGUCGCAUGGAACCUCCUUUGACAAAAGAGUAUUUUGGAAAUGCCACUUUCGAUGUGGUUGCUUCAAGCCUCGUGGGUGAUUUGGUGUCAAAGCCUUUGGGGUAUGCGUCAGGAUCUUCAUGGGAUAGGGGUGAGAAGGAGCCUUUAUAUGGGGAUCCUAAUCUUAGUGUUGUUAGUUGGUUGACGUUGCCGAUCUAUGGGAUUGAUUUUGGGUGGGGGAAGGAGCUUCAUAUGAAUCCAGGGCCAUAUGAUUUUGAUGGAGAUUGUGUGCUUCUUCCUGGUCCCGAUGGGGAUGGAUCUUUGUUGCUUACUUUAUGUCUGCAAGAAGUUCAUAUGGAUGCGUUUAAGAAGCAUUUUUAUGAGGACAUUGAGUAA